CAGGUUCUCUAAUGAUCUUGCUUCACCAUGGCUACAAAUAUGGAGGGGCUGGUUCAGCACAGAGUGGGGACCCAGCAGGUGGCUGAGUCCCAAUGAAGUCAGCAUGUAAUCUAAAUCCAAAGCAGGAUGCUGCCAUGGAAGAAAAAACUGAAAAUGACAAGAACAUUUACUUCUACCGUUCCCUUUGCAUGAGCAGGGUGGCCUAGCUGCAAACAGUAGGUGACUUUUUAAAUUUUCACCUGAACUAAAAGAAUCUGAUGCUUAUCAAACAUAUUUCUCCAUAACCUGCAUGGCCAUCCUUUUUCAUAGCUACGUAAUUUUAUAUCAAGAGACAAUAUUACCCCUGGCUGGUUUGGUUCAGCGGUUAGAGCAUCGGCCUGCGGACCAGAGAGUCCUGGCUUUGGUUCCCGCUAACGGUACCACGUACACAGACUUCACGGCCGGAAUCUCCAGGGAUGACCAGCCCCUCCCCUCGCAUCCAGAUAAUCUCCACUGACUCUGCAGUAUCCUCACCUCAGCGCAUUCAGAUUGUGACAGACCAGCAGACAGGACAGAAGAUCCAGAUAGUCACUGCAGUGGAUGCCUCCGGAUCCCCCAAGCAGCAGUUCAUCUUGACCAGCCCAGAUGGAGCUGGAACUGGGAAGGUGAUCCUGGCUUCCCCCGAGACAUCCAGUGCCAAGCAGCUCAUAUUCACCACAUCGGACAACCUCGUCCCUGGCAGGAUCCAGAUUGUCACAGACUCUGCUUCUGUGGAACGUUUGCUGGGCAAGGCUGAUGUCCAGCGGCCCCAGGUGGUAGAGUAUUGUGUGGUCUGUGGCGACAAAGCCUCUGGCCGUCACUAUGGGGCUGUCAGUUGCGAAGGUUGCAAAGGUUUCUUCAAAAGGAGCGUGAGGAAAAAUCUGACCUACAGCUGCCGGAGUAACCAAGACUGCAUCAUCAAUAAGCACCACCGAAACCGCUGUCAGUUUUGCCGGCUGAAAAAAUGCUUAGAAAUGGGCAUGAAAAUGGAAUCUGUACAGAGUGAACGGAAGCCCUUUGAUGUGCAGCGGGAGAAACCAAGCAAUUGUGCUGCUUCAACUGAGAAAAUCUAUAUCCGGAAGGACCUGAGAAGUCCUCUGAUUGCCACUCCCACAUUUGUGGCAGAUAGAGAUGGAGCAAGACAAACAGGUCUUCUUGAUCCAGGGAUGCUUGUGAACAUCCAGCAACCUUUGAUACGUGAGGAUGGUACUGUUCUCCUGGCCACAGAUUCCAAGGCUGAAACAAGCCAAGGAGCUCUGGGCACACUGGCAAAUGUAGUAACCUCCCUUGCCAACCUAAGUGAAUCCCUUAACAAUGGUGACACUUCAGAAAUGCAGCCGGAGGACCAGUCUGCAAGUGAGAUUACUCGGGCAUUUGAUACCUUAGCUAAAGCACUUAAUACCACAGACAGCUCCUCGCCUCCAAGCCUGGCAGAUGGGAUAGACACCAGUGGAGGAGGGAGCAUCCAUGUCAUCAGCAGAGACCAGUCCACACCCAUCAUUGAGGUUGAAGGCCCUCUCCUUUCAGACACUCACGUCACAUUUAAGCUAACGAUGCCCAGCCCAAUGCCAGAGUACCUCAACGUGCACUACAUCUGCGAGUCUGCGUCCCGCCUGCUUUUCCUUUCCAUGCACUGGGCCAGGUCAAUCCCAGCUUUUCAGGCACUUGGGCAGGACUGCAACACCAGCCUGGUGCGGGCCUGCUGGAAUGAGCUCUUCACCCUUGGCCUGGCCCAGUGUGCUCAGGUCAUGAGUCUGUCCACUAUCCUGGCCGCCAUCGUCAACCACCUGCAGAACAGCAUCCAGGAAGAUAAACUUUCUGGCGACCGGAUAAAGCAAGUCAUGGAGCACAUCUGGAAGCUUCAGGAGUUCUGUAACAGUAUGGCAAAGCUGGAUAUAGAUGGCUAUGAGUAUGCAUACCUUAAAGCUAUAGUUCUCUUUAGCCCCGAUCAUCCAGGUUUGACUAGCACAAGCCAGAUUGAAAAAUUCCAAGAAAAGGCACAGAUGGAGUUACAGGACUAUGUUCAGAAAACCUACUCAGAAGACACCUACCGAUUGGCCCGGAUUCUCGUCCGCCUGCCAGCACUCAGGCUGAUGAGCUCCAACAUAACAGAAGAACUUUUUUUUACUGGUCUCAUUGGCAAUGUUUCGAUAGACAGCAUAAUCCCCUACAUCCUCAAGAUGGAGACGGCAGAGUACAAUGGCCAGAUCACCGGAGCCAGUCUAUAGUGCACACCACACACCUGCUGAGGAGCAAGUGUCCUCCCAGGACUGCUCAGAGACAAAGAAAAUGAAUUAGUAGUAUUUUGGUAUGUGUAAAAAUGUUCAUCAUUUCCUACUUGGUUCCUUCUUAUCUGUUAAUCCCAGGCAAUAGCAACUAAAAGACUAGUAGGAUCCUUUCCUGCCAUAAGAAAUGUUUUAAUGCCUUUUGAUGAAGCAGCAGAUUUUGGAACAAUCUUUUAACUCAAUUUGUAUUUAAAAAUUCUCAAAGGGCAAAAAACAAAGUUUUAUAAUGUCAGAGACUAGUAUUAAAACUAAAAGAACCUAAGAGAACAGUAUGUGUGUGUAUAUAUUAAAAAUGUCCUUGGAAUUAAUAGUUACUAAUUACCAGGGUAAUAAUAUUAGCACUUUCUAAGCACUUAUCGAUACAUAAUGUUAGCAACAUCUUGUCUAUGUGCAGGACAAAUGGAAAACUGUAUAUGUCUUUUGCCGAAAUGCUAAUAAUUUCUGUGAAAAUGCAAUAGGGUACAGGAGACAAUCACUUAUGUUUAAGAAAAGAAGACAUCAUUCCUGAUUGUAUGCACACUUUGCUGGUAUUGAACUAAAUUCCUGUGAGCAAAUGAAAAUGUGGCUUAUCUGUAUCAUGCAGUAAGUAGGAGUAUGCUAGCACAGUUGGUGGUGGCCCAAACCAAAACCUUCCUCAGCCAUAGAGCUGAGGCUUGUCAGGUUCCCUGACCUCUGGUCCUGGUCUGUGACAGGCAUCUGUAGGCUACUCCAAACCUGGGGCAUCUUUAGGUGGCUGGUUCUCAGAACUGGAUUGCAACCAGUCAGACAUUAAUUACCAAUUCCUGCAGCAAAUUGACAAUAUCCCCAAAUUACCUCCACCACUAUGGCAGAUGGAGCCUUCUGACCAAAAAAUACAAGGUGGGCAUAUUGAACCCUUGACAGUAGUAUUUCCUCAAUACAAUCUGGGGUGGCUGCAGUCUUGGGACAUGGCCUCCCUGGAGUGUGAGGGUUCCUCUCUGUGGUUUCUGUUCCAAAUGCACCCUAAGAAGGGCCUGUUUUUCUCCAGUUCAGUACUACUAUGGGGGUGGGAUAUGUGUACAGGAUCUUCCUUCCUGGGUAGGGCAGUGGUGGUGAAGCUGAAUGGAAGGGUUCUCUGUUGACUUUAAAUACCAAGUUUUUCAGAAUGUCUCCAGACUCAGCAUCUCUGUCGGCAAGUCAGUCAGUGGUACUGGCCCACCGUGCACUUUGAUUUCCCUAGGUGUGUGCCAGCAAACAAACCCUGCAGCAUUUGGAUGAUGGAUGCAGAAGCAGGCUGCCUGCUCCUUAAAAAAUAACCCUUAAUUCCCGGAGUGAUUUUCUUUCUCGUAACUUGUAGCAACCGUCAUUUACAAGAAGAGAAUAUGGUUAUAAGGAAGUACUAUCUAGAGAAGAGCACCCAUAAAAUCCCAUGGAUGUGAGUUGCAGCAAGCAUUUCCUUUGGGAAAAGUGGUGUGCCCAAGACUAAGUCAAGUAUUUUGCAUUUUGUUUUUGUUUAGCUCAGAAUAAGAAACUACAAUGUAAGGUUAAGUUUGCAUCUCUUAAAUCUUUUGAUCAGAUGAUGUCCAAAAAGAUUCCAGUGCACUCCCUGCCUCCUAAGCACUCCCUGGUCUGGCUCGGGCCCUCGGUCAAGGUGGACACUUCAUGAGUUGUGCAUCGGUGUUCCGCGAGUUGGCCAUAGGCUUACAGCAAAAUGGGAUGCUUUAUUCUGAUGUGUUAGCAGCACUUUAUGAAAUUCAUUAGUAAGAAUUAAGUUGAGACAGUCUCCAAUUCUAAUUCCAGUGUGGAUUUAAUUAUCAUUUAUAGUUCAUACCUUGGAAGCAAAUUUUGGAGAAUAGUGAGGGUGCCCAUUAUAAAAUGAUGGAAAGGAUAAUCUUACCAGCUUACAUUUUUAGUUUUGUAACUUUGAAGUGUUUUAAAUUCCAAAAUUAAAACAAAAAAACUGACCAAGACAGUGGAGUUAGGAUGGGUCUGUAUCAUUUCUGCUUGUGAAGGGUUACUAAAACCCUUAGUAGAGGGCAUUUUUGAAGCAUGUUCAUGCAUCUUAUACAGCAAAUUUUUUCUCUUCUUUGAUUUUAAAACGUAAGCAUGUCUGUUGAUCACAGAGUGACUCCCUGGAAAAAUAUAUUGUGUCACAUCUUUCAGAUCUGAGAUCUCAGUGUUGGUGAAAAGGUCCACACAGGCCAGCUCCCUCAGUCCCUUUAUCUAUUAGGCUUUUAGACUCUACUUGCCUUAAGAUAUUGGGGCAGCUUAGCCAAGACCUAGGCUGUAGUCUUAGAUAUGUUGGGAAGAGAAGGUGAUAAUCAGCAAGGAGGACAGUGAACACUUGGAUUGGGAAGUGCCACACUCUAGCAAGAUAGCCCUUGAGAAAAGUCAAUGUAGCUUAGGAAGUUGCUGAUUGUAACCUGGUGAUUUUCCUUGAGUCCCUUCACUGGUGGUGGCUGAUUUCCAUGGACCAUUUUGGGGUUUGUGUAGUCCUCAUUAGUUUCCCAGAUCCUCUUGGCCUUACUCUGAAGUGGCCUGUUCCUUAAGGGGCAGGUGCACACAAUCUGAAUUCUUGCUGCUCCAAAUCGUUUCAAGCAUUUGACAGCAGGUCUAUCCAUCUCUUACCAAAUUGGUUAAAAGAAGUAAGCUCAAAGUCAAGUUAUUUAAGGGAUCCCAAGCAGAUAUUUGAGUUCAACUCUCACAAGGCUUUCAAACUCUAGAUUUAGUGAAGUAGACCAGUCCUCUGCCUGCUGAAUCUCAGAGUGAAAUAAGGCAGGAGCAGGACUUUGCCAUGUGGCCUAUUCAGAUACCGUUCUGCUGGUCUGGCCAGUCCUCCCUCAGUUGAGGAGAGGUUCACUGGCUAACGGAUGUGGGGACAGACAUACUGUUGCUUUGUGAUCAACUGGGUUCUUUUCCAGUGGUAUCUCAGAUAAUGUUGGACAGUUAUGUGUUGAAAUCUGUGGAGUUCAUUACAUGUAACCGUAAAACAGGAUAGGAAGAGACUUUGAAAAAGACCAAAUUACUCAUGCAAAUAAUACUUUCCAGGUUAUUUCUGUAAAGUAUUUUUAAGGCAGUAUGUUACCACCCUUCUAAUUUGAGAUUUUUACGUGUUUCUUGGGGGUUACAUUAUUUAUUGUCUAAUCUCUGUGGUUGGGGUUCUUGUUUGGGUUUUAUAUUUAAUUUCAGGUGUAGUCACUUGUAAGAUGUUAUGUAUUAUCCCUCAAGAGGGAUGUUCUAGCUUGUCAGUGUCAGUAUUAAAUGUGAACUGUUCUGAGGCAGUUGGCACCAGUUAUGGUGAUAGCAAUGGACAUGUCUGUUCUGGGCUCCCCGUUGUGCAGCAACACCCUCAUUAGAGCUUGCUUAGUAGGUUUGCUUGUUUUGGGGGGAGCCAAGAAUUAGAAGGGCUCUAGCUAUAUCUAGUGCUUUUAUUCUGGGAAAACCACAUCCUAGUCCUUUGGGAUAGUUUCCAGCAGAGCAGUCUCGCUCCCUGCCUGCCCUCUGCCUGACAAGCAGCCCUUGGCUGUGGCCCCAAGUUCUGUGACCUGGUUAGUUCAGAAGCAUGUGGCCUUCUUUCACGUGGAAAUGGUCUUAUGUGCAGUGGGGCUAUAGGUGACAUUUCAACUCUUCUCUGAGCCCAGGUCAUGAAAAGUGUCAUCUUCUGACAUUCACCUUUGUCUCAGGAGGUCAGUGCCCUUUAGAUCCUGGAAAGGUCUGAGCAGGCAGGGCAGAUGACUCCAUGCUUUUGUCCCACUUCCAUUCCCUAGAUUGUGCGGCUUUUUGAAAAUAUUUUAACUUUGAUGUGAAUUUGUAAUCGAGACAGAGUGGGUUUGGGUCUUUUGUACACAGGGCUUUGGACCUCCGCGUGUGCCUCCCACCAGCAUUGCACGACCAUGUGUCCAGCCCUGAGCUCCCCUCAGCACAUUGUGCAUGUACAGAUUAUAGACUUGUAUGACUGAAUGAAUGUACAUGUGUUUAUAUCUUCUUUAUAUGUACAGUGUGUAUAUAGUAUGUAUGUGUACAUAGAUGUAUAUUAUGUAUACAGACAUGUAGCCACAUAUCCAAACUCUCCUAACGUUUUAAAGAGAAUCUAUCAUAAGAGUUGCUAAAGAAAAUUUGAUGUGAGUGUUCCAAGGUCCCUCAGCAGGAUGGAUUUGCUGAGAUUUUUAACUCCAUUUUCCUUUAGGUGAAUCUGGCUGGGAAAGGCCAUGAAGUCAGAAUCUCUAACUCAGUACCAGGGAAAAUUCCAGACAGAAAUGUCCUGACAGGAUGACAUUGCUAUGUGUUCUAUAGGGUCAGACAAGGACUAGGAAGCUGGAAGACAGUUUAUCCUAAUGUCCAAAAACGAGGUGGGGAUCUUUAACAUGGUUGUCACACACCUCUUCAUGGCCUAACUGGAAGGAACUUGGUAGCUCCAGCUAUUAUUGGCCUUCCCAGAGACUUGCUCUGUCACAUGGUCAGUUUCAGAACAGUCUGUCAUGGGGCCUGGCUCCCGGUGUAGCAAUGUCCCCACUUGCUCUGGACUCAGUCAACAGAUGGUGGGCACUACACUGUGACUACACAAAUCCCCAUCUAAUGCCAGUGGGGGUGGGAGGGGCUACCGAGUAUUCUUUAAAAAUAAGUGUAAAUGUUGAUGGCUAACUUUUUAUGGCAUAUAAGUUACAAACCUUAAAUUACUUCUCCAACUAUAGCAUGUGAAUGAAAUCCACUGACUUUCUCUAAAUUAUGAUUUUAA